AAAGGGAUUCCCAAAACCAGUUUCCUCUUCGCACGCGCCCCCUCAUUUGCAUGCAGACCCCGCCCCCGCGGAAGAUCCGGGCAUGUAUUUGCAUAAGGGGGUACUUGAAACGUUAGGGUGGCAUGCAAAUAAGGGCUGGCUCCGAUUGGCUGGGGUACAGCAGGUGCUGCGUCCGGAUUGAUCAAAGCCAAGUGGGCGGGGCCGUCGCCCGGGGCGACUCUCUCGGGAAGCUAGUGCCCUGUCUCAGUAGCGUCGGGGCUGGCGCGCGCGGCGAAUCUUAAGGUUGCGCUGUUUGCCGGCUCUUCUGGGCCACCAGUUUCCUUACCUUCCAUCCUGGCGCCCCCCAGUCCUGGUUCCCCGGCCUCGCUGCCCCGGGCGUCCACGCCUUGCGGGCUCAGCGGGCUCAAUCUGCGCAGCUCCUCCUCCAUGUUGACUAAGCCUCUGCAGGGGCUCCCGGUGGCCCCCAUGACCCCCACGCCGCCGCCAGGAGGCAAGGAUCGGGAAGCGUUCGAGGCCGAGUACCGACUCGGCCCCCUCCUGGGUAAGGGGGGCUUUGGCACCGUCUUCGCAGGACAUCGCGUCACAGACCGACUCCAGGUGGCCAUCAAAGUGAUCCCCCGGAAUCGCGUGCUGGGCUGGUCCCCCUGGUCAGACUCAGUCACAUGCCCACUGGAAGUGGCACUGCUAUGGAAGGUGGGUGCAGGUGGUGGACACCCUGGUGUGAUCCGCCUGCUUGACUGGUUCGAGACACCAGAGGGCUUCAUGCUGGUCCUUGAGCGGCCUCUGCCUGCCCAGGAUCUCUUUGACUACAUCACAGAGCAGGGCCCGUUGGGUGAAGGCCGAAGCCGCUGUCUCUUUGCCCAGGUAGUGGCAGCUGUUCGGCACUGCCAUGCCCGUGGAGUUGUCCAUCGUGACAUCAAGGAUGAGAACAUCCUGAUGGACCUCCGCCGGGGCUGUGCCAAACUCAUUGAUUUUGGUUCUGGCGCCCUGCUUCAUGAUGAACCCUACACUGACUUUGAUGGGACAAGGGUGUACAGCCCCCCGGAGUGGAUCUCUCGUCAUCAGUACCACGCACUCCCAGCCACUGUCUGGUCAUUGGGUAUCCUCCUCUAUGACAUGGUAUGUGGGGACAUUCCCUUUGAGAGAGACCAGGAGAUUCUGGAGGCUGAGCUCCACUUCCCUGCCCACGUCUCCCCAGACUGUUGUGCCCUAAUCCGCCGGUGCCUGGCCCCCAAACCCUCUGCCCGACCCACACUGGAGGAGAUCCUGCUGGACCCCUGGAUGCAGACACCAGCUGAGGAUGCAUCCCUCAACACUCCCAAAGGGAGUUCCACCCCUUUGGCCUGGUCCCUACUGCCCUAGUCCUGGCCAGGGCCCCCAUUAGUUGGAAUAGCCAUCCCAUGGCCACGCCACAGGGAUAGAUGGACAUCUGUUGAUCUGGUUUUACAGGUCAUUAAAAAUCCAGUGUUACUAGGGUCAGAGAUUGGGGAUCAGGUGUCAGAAGACAUAAGCCAAGUUUACCUAGUCCCUAUCCCAAUCCUGCUAAGGAGCCUUCCUCCCAGAACGUAUGCUCUGUUAUUCUGGAGGGGGUCCUUCUUUGCUUCUUGUUUUGCUAAGGGUGUUUAUUUGGUUGAAAUUACAUUCUGAGCCUGCAGGGCUCUUAUUCUGAUGAGCAGUAACCCCUACACUGGCACCUCCUGCUACCACCACACAAACUUAGUUUAAAUGCUCUGACUUGGGCAAGGGUGCUUUCCUUCCAAUACCCCAGCGGCUCUUAUUUUAGCAAAGGGACACUUUCCCCUAGCCUAGGGUCCCAUAUUCAGUCAAGCUGCUUGCCUACCUCAGCCCAGGGUUGUUUAUUCUGGGGGAGGUAAGCCCUAUUGUUGUCCCAGGGCUUUUGUGUGUGUGUGUGAGGGGACCCUACUCUGUUAUCCCAAGUGCUCUUAUUCUGGUGAGGAGAAACCCCACUUUCAUGAUUUGGGAGGGGAUGGGAGAUGGACACUACUAGAGUCCACUAGGAUGGGGUGGAUGGUUUUUGGGGGGAUGGGGUGAGGGAAAUGUCUUGUUUGUUCUCCUAGGGCCCCACCCUCCACCUUUUUUUGAUUCUUGCUGCCUCCUUCUGAGCCAGGGUUGUCCAGUUGCUGAAAUGUAAAUACUUAUGUAUUGGGGAAGGAGAGCUCCAACUGUAUCUUCCUCUUCCUUCUCCCCCGCCUGGAUUAUUUAAAAAGCCAUGUGUGGAAACCCACUAUUUAAUAAAUGUAAUAGAAUCAGAA